ACAAUAUUAUUCUGCCACUUCAUUUGAGAAAUGGUGGACUUUACAAUUCUGCUACUGGCGGCAUUCACACGAACUUCAACGUUUGUGGGAACGUCGCAGGUCAUCUUCGAACCGAAAACACUUGUGAGCUAUCUCUGCCCCGACGUUACCAAUGAAAUGUUGCAAGAUGGAUUGGACUACGGUGCGAAAUCGUACCGUUACGAUCUCAUCACUCCUGCAGUAACAGAGUUCACUAGUCAACAAGCUCUUCUAUUGUCUCUCCUCUACUGUCUGGCAACUCAAGAUAGGGAAUCUUGCACUAUCCUGGCUGAUUGCUCAAAUCGAAUCCAGCAAGUGCGGUCUAGGCACGUCGCACUCUGGCUGAGGGAGGAUUUUAGUUCCCGGAAGAUGACAUGAAAACUGCAAUGGGUCGCCUCGACUCUAUGGUAGUUGGUGGAGCAUUGGUCCUAGACUCAAAAGUCUUCACGGUUUACUCUUCCCUCGCUGAUAGCUAUGGGAUUAGUAUGCGAACGAAAAAACAAAAUGGUGAUUUAGUGGUUGAACUUGAAAAUGCUGUGGUUAGUAACAUCCCUUGUGAAAUUAUCACACUAGCCAAUGAAGGUGCAAAUAUCAAUGGGUUGACUCAGUCGGGAGAAAGCCUCGUACAUUUGGCCGUAAGGAGUGGAAGUACCUCCUCUAUUGCUGCAUUGGGGUUUCUGAAGGCAGAUCUUGACGUUUUCAAUGCUGCUGGUGAAACCCCUAUGGAAGAGGCUAUAAACAAUAAUAGCGUUCCAUCUAUCAAGGCACUGAUAUUGGCUGGUUCUAAUAUUAAGAAGCAGUUCAAAGGUAACUCUUACCUACAUAUUGCUGCUUCUUCAGGCAAGAACGAAGCAUUGCGGAUGUUACUUGAGGCAGGACUUGACCCCGACGUAAGGAACCACCAGGGAAAUACUUCAUUGCAGAUAGCUGUUAAAGGAAGAAAUGUCCAAGGGGUGGAUAUCCUGCUGGAAAGAUGUGUUAAUAGUUCUUUGAUACCAGAAGAAGCAAAGAGCCUUUUACAUUCGGCCAUUGUCACAUCGAAUGUUGAUAUGUUGAGAGCAUUUUUAAAAUGUAAUAUUUUUACAAAACUCAGAUUUGAAAAUAAUGACACAUUAGUUCACUUAAUAGUUCGUUCGAAUAAUGCAACUGAAAUGCUCAAAAUAUUGCAAGAUCGAAGGGUGACAUUAAACAUAAGGAACAACGAUAAUCUCGCACCUUUACAUAUAGCUACUGAUCCAUCUGUUGUCGAGACCCUACUAGAGAUGGGUGCAGAUGUCAAUACAACAACUGGAAAAGGAAAAACAGCUCUCCAUAUAGCAUCGGCCAAAGGAUUUCUGAAUGUCGUAAAAGUUAUAGUUCAACAUGGUGCAGGGGUUAACAUACAGGAUAACCAUGAUAAAAUUGUUCCGAUCGUUGCUACGAAACCAAAUCUAACUGUUAAAACGGGGAACGGCAAGACGCCACUAAUUGAGGCAUCUAUUUAUGGCCAUUUGGAUGUAGUGAAAUUUCUAAUUGAACAUGGGGCAGCUAUUCACCACAAGGAUAUGGGCGGCAUGACUGCACUACAUCGUGCAGCAGAAAAAGGACAUAUUGACGUUGUGAGAAUACUGUUAGUACGUGGAGCAGAUCUUACAGCUAAGUCAAAUGUUGGCUGGACACCACUAAUUGGAGCAUCUCAUAAUGGCCACUUAGAUGUAGUGAAACUUCUGCUUGACCAAGGAGCACCUAUCAAUGAUAAGGAUGAUGCCGGAAUUACUGCACUAAAACAUGCAGCAACAAUAGGACAUGUUCAGGUGGUGAGAUUACUUUUAGAUCGUGGAGCGGAUCUAACAGCUAAAUCAAUUAAUGGCUGGACACCACUAAUGGAAGCAUGUAGUAAUAACCAUUUAGAUGUGGUGAAGCUUCUUCUUGACCGAGGAGCGCUUAUCGAUGAUAAGGAUGGUAGUGGAAUUACUGCACUAAAACAUUCAGCAGAGAGAGGACAUGUUGGUGUGGUGAGAAUACUAUUAGAUCGUGGAGCAGAUCCAACAACUAAGUCAAAUUUUGGCUGGACCCCACUAAUUGAAGCAUCUAUCAAUGGCCAUUUAGAUGUUGUAAAACUUCUGCUUGACCGAGGAGCGCCUAUAAACUAUAUGGAUAAUGGCGGAGGAACUGCACUAAAAUAUGCAGCAGAAAGAGGAAAUGUUGGCAUGGUGAGAUUACUGUUAGACCGUGGAGCAGAUCCAACAGCUAAGUCAAAUGUUGGCCGGAUACCACUCAUUGAAGCAUCUAUCAAUGGUCAUUUAGAUGUGGUAAAGGUUCUUCUUGACCGAGGAGUGCCUAUAAACUAUAAGGAUAAUGGCGGAGGAACUGCAGUAUUUUAUGCAGCUGAACUAGGUCAAGUUGGCGCGGUGGCUUUAUUGUUAGAACGUGGAGGUGAUCUAACAACUAAAACAGGUGACGGCAUAACGCCACUAAUGGGAGCAUCUAUUCAUGGCCGUUUGGAUGUAGUAAAGCUUCUCCUUGACCGAGGAGCACCUAUCAACGAUAAGGAUAAGCGCGGAAUUACUGCACUAAAACAUGCAGCAGAAAAAGGACAUGUUGACGUUGUGAGAACACUGUUAGAUCGUGGAGCAGAUCUAACAUCUAAGUCAAAUGUUGGUUGGACAGCGCUAAUUGUAGCAUCUCAUAAUGACCAUUCAGAUGUAGUAAAGCUUCUUCUUGACCGAGGAGCGCCUAUCAAUGAUAAAGAUGAUGCCGGAAUCACAGCACUAAAACAUGCAGCAACUAGAGGACAUGUUCACGUGGUGAGAUUAUUGUUAGAUCGUGGAGCAGAUCUAACAGCUAAAUCAAUUAAUGGCUGGACACCACUAAUGGAAGCAUGUAGUAAUAACCAUUUAGAUGUGGUGAAGCUUCUUCUUGACCGAGGAGCGCUUAUCGAUGAUAAGGAUGGUAGUGGAAUUACUGCACUAAAACAUUCUGCAGAGAGAGGACAUGUUGGAGUGGUAAGAAUACUGUUAGAUCGUGGAGCAGAUCCAACAGCUAAGUCAAAUGUUGGCUGGACACCACUAAUUGAAGCAUCUUGUAAUGGCCAUCUAGAUGUGGUAAAGCUUCUCCUUGACCGAGGAGCGCCUAUAAACGAUAAGGAUAAUGGCGGAGGAACUGCACUAAAAUAUGCAGCAGAAAGAGGACAUGUUGGCAUGGUGAGGUUACUGUUAGAUCGUGGAGCAGAUCCAACAGCUAAGUCAAAUGUUGGCCGGAUACCACUCAUUGAAGCAUCUAUCAAUGGUCAUUUAGAUGUUGCAAAGCUUCUCCUUGACCGAGGAGCGCCUAUAAACGAUAAGGAUAAUGGCGGAGGAACUGCAUUAUUUUAUGCAGCACAAAUUGGCAAAGUUGAAGCGGUGGUUUUAUUGUUAGAACGUGGAGCAGAUCUAACAGCUAAAACAGGUGACGGCAUUACGCCAUUGAUGGAGGCAUCUAUUCAUGGCCGUUUGGAUGUAGUAAAGUUUCUCCUUGAUCGAGGAGCGCCUAUCAACGAUAAGGAUAAGCGCGGAAUUACUGCACUAAAACAUGCAGCAGAAAAAGGACAUGUUGAUGUUGUGAGAAUACUGUUAGAUCGUGGAGCAGAUCUUACAUCUAAGUCAAAUGUUGGCUGGACACCACUAAUUGAAGCAUCUUGUAAUGGCCACUUAGAUGUAGUGAAACUUCUGCUUGACCAAGGAGCACCUAUCAAUGAUAAGGAUGAUGCCGGAAUUACUGCACUAAAACAUGCAGCAACUAGAGGACAUGUUCACGUGGUGAGAUUACUGUUAGAUCGCGGAGCAGAUCUAACAGCUAAAUCAAUUAAUGGCUGGACACCACUAAUGGAAGCAUGUAGUAAUAACCAUUUAGAUGUGGUGAAGCUUCUUCUUGACCGAGGAGCGCUUAUCGAUGAUAAGGAUGGUAGUGGUAUUACUGCACUAAAACAUUCAGCAGAGAGAGGACAUGUUGGUGUGGUGAGAAUACUGUUAGAUCGUGGAGCAGAUCCAACAGCUAAGUCAAAUUUCGGCUGGACACCACUAAUUGAAGCAUCUAUCAAUGGCCAUUUAGAUGUGGUAAAGCUUCUGCUUGACCGAGCAGCACCUAUAAACUAUAAGGAUAAUGGUGGAGGAACAGCACUAAAAUAUGCAGCAGAAAGAGGACAUGUUGGCAUAGUGAGGUUACUGUUAGAUCAUGGAGCAGAUCCAACAGCUAAGUCAAAUGUUGGCCGGAUACCACUAAUUGAAGCAUCUAUCAAUGGUCAUUUAGAUGUGGUAAAGCUUCUGCUUGACCGAGGAGCGCCAAUAAACUAUAAGGAUAAUGGCGGAGGAACAGCACUAAAAUAUGCAGCAGAAAGAGGACAUGUUGGCAUGGUGAGACUACUGUUAGAUCGUGGAGCAGAUCCAACAGCUAAGUCAAAUGUUGGCUGGACACCACUAAUUGAAGCAUCUAUUAAUGGCCGUUUGGAUGUAGUAAAGCUUCUCCUUGACCGAGGAGCGCCUGCCAUUGAUAAGGAUAAGCGCGGAAUUACUGCACUAAAACAUGCAGCAGAAAAAGGACAUGUUGACGUUGUGAGAACACUGUUAGAUCGUGGAGCAGAUCUAACAUCUAAGUCAAAUGUUGGUUGGACAGCGCUAAUUGUAGCAUCUCAUAAUGACCAUUCAGAUGUAGUAAAGCUUCUUCUUGACCGAGGAGCGCCUAUCAAUGAUAAAGAUGAUGCCGGAAUCACAGCACUAAAACAUGCAGCAACUAGAGGACAUGUUCACGUGGUGAGAUUAUUGUUAGAUCGUGGAGCAGAUCUAACAGCUAAAUCAAUUAAUGGCUGGACACCACUAAUGGAAGCAUGUAGUAAUAACCAUUUAGAUGUGGUGAAGCUUCUUCUUGACCGAGGAGCGCUUAUCGAUGAUAAGGAUGGUAGUGGAAUUACUGCACUAAAACAUUCUGCAGAGAGAGGACAUGUUGGAGUGGUAAGAAUACUGUUAGAUCGUGGAGCAGAUCCAACAGCUAAGUCAAAUUUUGGCUGGACACCACUAAUUGAAGCAUCUAUCAAUGGCCAUUUAGAUGUGGUAAAACUUCUGCUUGACCGAGGAGCGCCUAUAAACUAUAUGGAUAAUGGCGGAGGAACUGCACUAAAAUAUGCAGCAGAAAGAGGACAUGUUGGCAUGGUGAGGUUACUGUUAGAUCGUGGAGCAGAUCCAACAGCUAAGUCAAAUGUUGGCCGGAUACCACUCAUUGAAGCAUCUAUCAAUGGUCAUUUAGAUGUUGUAAAGGUUCUUCUUGACCGAGGAGUGCCUAUAAACUAUAAGGAUAAUGGCGGAGGAACUGCUGUAUUUUAUGCAGCAGAACUAGGUCAAGUUGGCGCGGUGGCUUUAUUGUUAGACCGUGGAGCUGAUCUAACAACUAAAAGAGGUGACGGCAUAACGCCACUAAUGGUGGCAUCUAUUCAUGGCCGUUUGGAUGUAGUAAAGCUUUUCCUUGACCAAAGAGUGCCUAUCAAUGAUAAGGAUAAGCGCGGAAUUACUGCACUAAAACAUGCAGCAGAAAAAGGACAUGUUGACGUUGUGAGAAUGCUGUUAGAUCGUGGAGCAGAUCUUACAUCUAAGUCAGAUGUUGGCUGGACACCACUAAUUGGAGCAUCUCAUAAUGGCCACUUAGAUGUAGUGAAACUUCUGCUUGACCAAGGAGCACCUAUCAAUGAUAAGGAUGAUGCCGGAAUUACUGCACUAAAACAUGCAGCAACUAGAGGACAUGUUCACGUGGUGAGAUUACUGUUAGAUCGUGGAGCAGAUCUAACAGCUAAAUCAAUUAAUGGCUGGACACCACUAAUGGAAGCAUGUAGUAAUAACCAUUUAGAUGUGGUGAAGCUUCUUCUUGACCGAGGAGCGCUUAUCGAUGAUAAGGAUGGUAGUGGUAUUACUGCACUAAAACAUUCAGCAGAGAGAGGACAUGUUGGUGUGGUGAGAAUACUGUUAGAUCGUGGAGCAGAUCCAACAGCUAAGUCAAAUUUCGGCUGGACACCACUAAUUGAAGCAUCUAUCAAUGGCCAUUUAGAUGUGGUAAAGCUUCUGCUUGACCGAGCAGCACCUAUAAACUAUAAGGAUAAUGGUGGAGGAACAGCACUAAAAUAUGCAGCAGAAAGAGGACAUGUUGGCAUGGUGAGGUUACUGUUAGAUCGUGGAGCAGAUCCAACAGCUAAGUCAAAUGUUGGCCGGAUACCACUAAUUGAAGCAUCUAUCAAUGGCCAUUUAGAUGUGGUAAAGCUUCUGCUUGACCGAGGAGCGCCAAUAAACUAUAAGGAUAAUGGUGGAGGAACAGCACUAAAAUAUGCAGCAGAAAGAGGACAUGUUGGCAUGGUGAGACUACUGUUAGAUCGUGGAGCAGAUCCAACAGCUAAGUCAAAUGUUGGCUGGACACCACUAAUUGAAGCAUCUAGUAAUGGCCAUUUAGAUGUGGUAAAGCUUCUCCUUGACCGAGGAGCGCCUAUAAGCUAUAAGGAUAAUGGCGGAGAAACUGCAGUAUUUUAUGGCAUAACGCCACUGAUGGAGGCAUCUAUUCAUGGCCGUUUGGAUGUGGUAAAGUUUCUCCUUGACCGAGGAGCGCCUAUCAACGAUAAGAAUAAGCGAGGAAUUACUGCGCUAAAAUAUGCAGUAGAAAAAGGACAUGUUGAUUUGGUGAGAAUACUGUUAGAUCGUGGAGCAGAUCCAACAUCUAAGUCUAAUAUUGGCUGGACAUCACUAAUGGAAGCGUCUUAUAAUGGCCAUUUAGAUGUGGUGAAGCUUCUUCUUGGCCGAGGGGCGCCUAUCAAUGAUGAGAGUAAUAGCGGAUUGACUGCACUAUAUUUCGCAGCAGAAUGCGGACAUGCUGGUGUAGUGAAUUAUCUUAAAUCAAAUGGAGGGGUUUAG